AUGGCCAGCAAGAGGAAGUCCACGACACCUUGUAUGAUCCCUAGUAAAAUUAUACGAAACUUGGAGGACUCUGAAGCGGACAUGCCGGUGCUUCAGAGGCAAACUACCGUUUCAGGAGAUGCGCGCUGCCUGCCGAACCUUGCAGACGCUCCCAAACUAGAGGUAGCGGACUUCCCCGUAGAUGAUGCCAGUACCUACAUAUGCAAGCCUUGCAACUUCGAAACCUUCGACCUUAACUUGUUCUUGGACCACGUGUACGCCAGGCACCCAGAAUUCCGUUCAGACCCGUGCUUCCUCUGUGUGAACUGCGGGUUUUCGGCACUCAAAUUUGAGGGCCUGGCACUGCAUAAUGCCAGGAUUCACCCAAGCACCUUUAACUGCCCUCUUCAGUUGAGAAGGAGGGACAGGAGGGCGGUAGUAGAGCAGACUAUAGUAAGUGGGACUGAGGAGGGCAAAGAUAAUGAGAUUUCCAUCACCAAAACUCCAAUCAUGAAGAUGCUGAAGGGUAAAUCGGAGCCUAAACGGAUUGUGGUGUCCCAGCCUUCCUCAGAUGGGCACUCCAUGUUUAGUUCCAAAGAGAUUGAAAAAAAUGAGACUGUGUCAGUCACACAUGUGCCCACAAUUGUCCACAAUGGAACAAGCAAUGUCACGCUACCAUCAGCAAUUCAGAUCGUCAAUGGGUCUGGAGCGUUACCGGUGAUCAAGACCACCGUCGCACAGGUAGUCUCUGUUCAGAGCAAAAGCCUGCAUCAGUCCUCUCCUACCACAACUUCCUCAGAUGCCUCAUCUACCAAGAAUCUCCCAAAGGUGAUGAUUCCUUUGAGCAGCAUCCCUACCUACAACGCCGCUAUGGACUCCUCCUCCUUUUUGAAGACCUCCUUCAGCAAAUUCCCUUACCCCACGAAAGCGGAGCUCUGCUACCUGACUGUGGUCACCAAGUUCCCUGAAGAGCAAAUCAAGAUCUGGUUCACAGCGCAGAGACUAAAACAGGGCAUCAGUUGGUCUCCUGAGGAGAUCGAAGAGGCCAGGAGGAAGAUGUUCAAUACCAUAAUCCAAACUGCAGCCACUGGGUCACACAACCAGUCACUGAGUCCCGCUCCGCAAACAAUCACAGUCCUAGGGACCACCGGGAUUCCUCAAAUCCUGCAGGGCUCGCUUGUGAGCCAAGCAAGCGUCAUUGUGGCGCAGCCUGUCGUCGCCAACGGUAUUCAGGUCAACGGUGCCCCUGUGACGCUGGCCGUGACACCCAAGCCGCAGGCGGCGGCCCGGCCUGUGAUGCAGGCCCGGCCUGCUGCGGCGCCCGCGGCCGACAAGGGCGCAGGCAUCAUGGUGGGGGCCGCGGUCAACAGCAGCACAGGAAGCAACGUCAUUGGCAGCAGUAAAAAUAAUAGAAGCGGAGGAGGCGCUACGAGCAACGUUAUUAGUGAAGAGAGUCAAGCCAGUGUCAUUAACCUCACUCUGGGGAGCAAUCAUCGCGGAAACCCAAAGGUGAAAAGUCACAGCAGGAGCAAAAACGAUGUCAGCAAGAGUACAAACCCCCUCAAAGCCGUCACGGACAGCAAGCCUUCAAAAGGCUGUGCUGCAAUCGAUGAUGACGGACAGAAGGGUAAAGACACGAGUAGUAGCGACAACAAAAACGAAACUUCCAGCGCGGGUGACGCGGACGUGAGCAUAAGCAACACCUUAAAAAUUGAUGAGGCCAUAUCACCUUCUUCCAAAUCCACAUCGCCGUCUCCUGCGGUGGGUUCCUCCCGUGGCAUCAACACGUUCCUGGACCCCAGCUUUUGCAAAAGCAAAAAAUCUCAGGAGCAACUGGGCACCCUCAAGGACAGUUUUCUGAGCAACCCAUACCCCGACCAAGAGGAGGUGGCACGCCUUAUUUCUCUGACGGGCCUUACGGUGCGCGAAGUCCGCAAGUGGUUUAGCGAUCGACGCUACCACCUUCGUAACCUCAAGGGCCCGCGCUCCGGCUCGGGUGUACUAAACAAGUCGACUGCGGGCAGCGGCGAAGGUGGCGGAGAGGCAGGCAGCCCCGAACCCGUCGACCUGUCAGAAACUGGCGGCGGCAACUCCGCCGCAGAAACGCCCCAGCACAAUUCUGCUCCUCUCAGUCCGACGUUGACGCACACUCCUACGUCGCCUAGCACGCCAUCACGCAGACUGCCCAGAUCACCUUCUCCUGAUUUCACACUCGUCCGCUACAAGGAGAGAGAACCCCACCAGAUCAGAGCGCUAGAGGCCAGUUUCACACAGGACCCUGAGCCAUCAGGAGAAGAAGUGGACAGACUGCGAAGUGAGACCAAAAUGACCAGAAGGGAGAUACAUAACUGGUUCACCGAGAGGAAGAAGAAAGCAGCAGCAGCUGAAAAAAGGAAAGAAGAAGAAGCGGCGCGGACAUCGGGCGGGGGCACGGAAGCUAACGGAGCGGAGGGCCUCAAUGACGACGCUUCCGGAGAACCCAAAGUCAACCCCAUCAAGAUCAAUCUGAAGAUGCUGAAGGUCACCGAAGCCAAUGGCAAAGUAGAGGAUGAGGACGCCGGAAGUGCUCAAUCUACUACGAACCCCGUGGCCAAACCCGCCGCGCUGCGAGGUAAGAAAACUGCAGAGCAACUGCACCUGCUCAAGCAAGUCUACGCGCGGACGCAGUGGCCCAGCGCUGCCCAGUACGACGAGCUCAUCUCGGGCACGGGGCUGCCUCGGCCCGACGUGGUGCGCUGGUUUGGCGAUUGUCGCUACAUGCAGAAGAACAGCCAACUGAAGUGGUUGGAGGCCUACCAGAACACGGCUCUGGAGGAAGAGCUUGACCAGAAGAACGUGCACUUCCUCCAGGCCCACUUCGAUAGCCAUGGCAGUCAGGAAGAGUCACAGUUACAGGAACUUGCAAAAAUGACCGGUUUGACAACAGAUCUUGUGAGACAUUGGUUCGCCAGCAGGCCAGUCACGGCUCCACCCGAGCAAGCGCCUGUCCCGAAACCUGCAACCGAGCCGCUGUUGGCGGGCUCCUCCCCUCUGGAGCCACACCCGAGAAAAGGGAGCGAUGAGAAAAUAGAGCAGUCGCUGUGUGGCCAAGCAGGGGAGGGGAACUCUCACAGGGUUCUCAUUCCAUCUAAAGGUAGUUUGUGA